AUGGAAGAAACACAGUUUACAGAUAGAGCUUUAGCUAUUAUUACAAACGCUACAAAGUUGGCCAAGGACAAUUCCCAUCCACAGGUCCAGCCUAUCCAUCUGUUGGCCGCUAUGGCCCCCACAGAUGAAGAUACUACCCCUUAUUUGAAAGUCUUAGUGGAGAAGGGAAGAUUUGACUGGCAGACUUUUGAAAGGAACAUCAAUAGAGCAUUGAUAAGGGUCCCAUCGCAGACUCCUGCCCCUACUGAUGUUUCCUUCAGUGGAGUAGCAGCUCAUGUUAUCCAAGAAGCUGGAAAGAUGAGACAACAACAAAAGGAUUCCUACAUUGGACAGGAUCAUUUGCUGUUGGCAUUGUUGGAGGACAAGUCUAUUACGCAGAUCCUGAAAGAUUCUUCAAUCUCUCCGGAUGCUUUAAAAACACAGAUAAUUAACCUUAGAGGGAACCAAAGAAUUGACUCCAGACAAGCUGACUCUUCGUCAAAUCACGAAUUCUUGGACAAGUAUGCAAUUGACUUGACGGAACAAGCUAGAGAAGGUAAGAUUGACCCUGUCAUUGGUAGGGAGGAAGAAAUCCGUCGUACCAUAAGGGUUUUGGCAAGAAGGACCAAAUCCAAUCCUUGUCUAAUUGGUGACCCAGGUGUCGGUAAAACCAGUAUCGUCGAGGCAGUCGCUCAAAGAAUCAUUGAUAAUGAUGUACCAAACAUUCUACAGAACUCAAAGCUGUACGCUUUGGAUUUAGGUGCCUUGAAAGCUGGUGCUAAAUACCAAGGUGAGUUUGAAGAGAGAAUCAAAGGUGUAUUGAAUGAAAUUGCAGAAUCUAAGCAGAUGAUCAUCCUGUUUAUCGAUGAAAUUCAUAUGCUAAUGGGUGAUGGUAAAUCCGAUGCCGCAAACUUGUUGAAACCUAUGCUGGCAAGAGGUUCUUUGCACUGUAUCGGUGCUACCACCGUUAUUGAAUACCGAAAGUAUGUCGAGACAGAUGGUGCAUUUGAGAGAAGAUUCCAAAGGAUUGAUGUGCGUGAGCCCACUAUCCGAGAGACCGUGGCCAUUCUAAGAGGUUUGCAACCAAAAUAUGAAAUUCACCACGGUGUUCGAAUUUUGGACUCUGCAUUGGUAACUGCUGCACAAUUGGCAUCUCGUUACCUUACUUACAGGAAACUUCCAGACUCUGCUGUUGAUUUAAUUGAUGAGUCUUCGGCAUCUGUUGCAGUUGCCAGGGAUUCUAAACCUGAAGAAUUAGAUACCAAAGAGAGAGAACUUCAGCUACUGGAGGUAGAGAUGAAAGCCCUUGAAAGAGAUGCUGAUUCCGACAAGACUACUGAGGAGAGACUGACUGCAGUCAAACAGAAGGUUCAAGAGCUUGAGGAGGAGUUAGUACCUUUGAGGGCUAAAUAUGAACAAGAAAGGGCUGGUCAUGAAGAGUUAACCGCAGCCAAGAAGAAGUUGGACGAAUUAGAGAUUAAGGCCACUGAUGCGGAAAGAAGACAUGACAAUGCCACUGCUGCAGAUUUGAGGUACUUUGCUAUCCCUGAUGUCAAACGUCGUAUUGCUGAACUCGAAGAGAAAGUUGCCGAGGAGGAAGCUGCAUUGAGUGACAUUGCCAUGAUCACCAAUGUGGUUGGUUCCGAACAAGUCGCAGAGACUGCUGCCAGAUUGACUGGUAUCCCAGUGCAAAAGCUAACUCAAGCUGAGAAUAACAAGCUUAUUACAAUGGAAAGAGAGUUGAGUUCCAGUGUGGUUGGGCAAUCUGAAGCUGUUAAAGCAGUCUCCAAUGCAAUCAGACUAUCGAGGUCUGGUCUUGCAAACCCUAACCAACCUGCAUCGUUCUUAUUCUUGGGAUUGUCUGGUUCCGGUAAGACAGAGCUUGCAAAGAAGGUUGCCGGAUUCCUUUUCAAUGAUGAGAAGGCUAUGAUCAGAAUCGAUUGUUCCGAGUUGGGAGAGAAAUGGUCGUACACCAAAUUGCUUGGUUCCGAGCCAGGUUUAAUUGGAUCUGACCAAGGUGGUUUGUUGACCAACCAGCUGUUGCGUCAUCCAUACUCAGUCAUCCUAUUUGAUGAAGUCGAAAAAGCCGCUCCUGAAGUUCUGAACAUUUUGUUACAAAUGUUGGACGAUGGUCGUAUUACCGCUUCUAAUGGUACUCUGGUGAACUGUUCCAAUUGUAUUGUUAUAAUGACAUCUAAUUUGGGUGCUCAAUUCAUCAACAGUGCCAAAGGCUCAAAGAUAUCCCCAGAGACCAAGGAGUUGGUAAUGACAGCUGUCAGAGCCCAUUUCCGUCCAGAAUUUUUGAACAGAAUUUCUGCUACGGUUGUUUUCAACAGACUGUCAAGACAUGCUAUUAGCAAGAUUGUUAAGAUCAGACUGGCAGAAAUUGAACAAAGAUUUGAAGCCAAUGCCAAGUCAAUUAAGCUUGACGUUGAUGAUGCCGCUAUCGAGUAUCUUUGCCGUAACGGAUAUUCUUCCGAUAUGGGUGCUAGACCUUUGAACAGAUUGAUUCAGAAUGAGAUCCUUAAUCAACUAGCUGUUUUAAUCCUUAAGGGACAAGUCAAAGACAAGGAAACAGUUAAGAUUAGGUUGGGAUCCAAAGGUCUGGAUGUUUUACCAAACCAUGCAGUUGAGUCGGACUCCAUGGACGUGGAUGUUGAUGAUUGGGUGGAUGCGGCCGAGGAAGAAGACUCGGACAACAACCAUGAUGACCAAGCACCACUUUACGACUAA